GAGAAAUGUGACAUCACAGGAUGGAACAGAGGCCCCUGGGUGGUGACACCAUUGAACAUGGGUGAUGAAAUGGCAGGGAACCAUCUGACUAGAGGGCAAUGACUGUGGAGAGCAAAACUUCUGAAGGUUUGCAGAAGCUGGUAAGAGAACCACCAAGAAGGCGACUGCAGUAUUACAGAUCCUCUUCAGCGGAACUUAAAAGUGCCAAUAUGUAUCAUUCAGUGUCCGAAACCAGUCACCCCUUGCAAACAGAGGAACAAGAAAUGGGCGUUGAUCCUUUGCAGAGUUACUUGAACAAGUCGGGGCAAGGAGGAUCAAGUGAAAAYGGAAGCAUGCACCACAGCCCAGAUUCUGAUGGAACAUUUAUUUCUUACAGUAAAGAAUGGGAAGAACUAUUUGUAAACAACAAUUACUUGGCAACUAUACGGCUGAAGGGGAUUAAUGGGCAGCUGAGAAGCAGCAGGUUCCGUAGUGUUUGCUGGAAGUUAUUUCUCGAGGUUUUACCCCAAGACAGAAGUCAAUGGAUUAAAAGCACUUCAGAAUUAAGAACAUCUUACAACAAGAUCAAAGAGAUUCAUAUUACCAACCCACGGAAAGCAGGACAGCAAGAUCUGAUCAUCAACAAUCCACUGUCUCAGGAUGAGGGGAGUCUAUGGAAUAAAUUUUUCCAGGAUAAAGAGCUUCGAGCAAUGAUUGAACAAGAUGUGACAAGAACGUUUCCUGAAAUGCAAUAUUUUCAGCAAGAGAAUGUGAGGAAAAUUCUUACAGAUGUUCUGUUCUGCUAUGCCAGAGAAAAUGAGCAGUUGCUUUAUAAACAGGGUAUGCAUGAACUUCUAGCUCCCAUUGUCUUUAUCCUGCAUUGUGACCACCAGGCUUUCUCACAUGCCAGUGAAGCUGCACAACCAAGUGAGGAAAUGAAAGUUCUUUUGAAUCCUGAAUAUCUGGAACAUGAUGCCUAUGCAAUGUUCACACGUCUUAUGAAAACUGCAGAACAUUGGUUUUCAACUUUUGAACAUGACAGUCAGAAGGAGAAAGAUGCGAUGGUUACGCCUAUGCCAUUUGCAAGGCCACAGGAUAUAGGUCCAUCUAUUGCUAUUGUAACUAAAGUAAAUCAGAUUCAGGAUCAUCUGCUGAAGAAACAUGAUAUUGAGCUGUACAUGCAUCUGAACCGACUGGAAAUUGCUCCACAGAUUUAUGGACUGCGCUGGGUCAGGCUCCUGUUUGGACGAGAAUUCCCACUUCAGGACCUUCUAGUUGUCUGGGAUGCUCUGUUUGCUGACAGUAUCACCCUGAACUUAGUUGACUACAUUUUUGUAGCCAUGUUGUUAUAUAUUAGGGAUGCCCUGAUUUCAAGUAAUUAUCAGACCUGUUUGGGACUUCUGAUGCAUUAUCCACCAAUUGAAGAUGUUCACUCCCUUAUUCUUAGAGCACUUUUUCUCCGAGAUCCAAAGAAAAAUCCAAGACCAGUGACACACCAGUUCCAACAGAAUUUAGACUAUUACAAAGCACGUGGAGCAGACUUGAUGAAUAAAACUCGUGCCAGUGCCAAGGCUGCCCCCCUGAACAUUAAUAAAGUCUCCAACAGCUUGCUCAACUUUGGCCGAAAGCUCAUCGCGCCGGCCAUGGCCUCGGGGAGCGCCGCGGGCCCCGGCGGCAGCGGCGGCUUCCCGGGCACGGCGAUGCCUGUCCGAGGAAUGGGGGAAGCCCCCCAGCACCAUCAUCACCAUCACCACCACCACCAGCACCAGCAGCACCAGCAGCAGGCACAGCAGCAGAGGCUGAUGAAGUCCGAGAGCAUGCCGGUCCAGCUGGGCAAAGGCCAAAAUUCAAAAAACAUCAGUUCAUCUCCAAGCAUAGAGAGCUUGUCUGGCGGACGUGAGUUUACAGCAUCUCCUCCUCUGUCUGCAUCAAAAAAGGAUUCCUUUUUCAGUACAAUCUCCCGUUCCCGUUCGCAGAGCAAAACUAUGAGCAGAAAAGAAUCUGAGGAGGAAUUGGAGGCUCAGAUCUCCUUUCUACAAGGGCAACUAAACGACUUGGAAGCAAUGUGCAAAUAUUGUGCGAAAAUGAUGAACACACAUCUUGGAAAUAUUCAGGAAGUUAUAUUACAAGAACGCUUGGAAAAAGAAGAUGAAAUUCUGGUUUCCCUGGCUGGUUUGAAACAGAUCAAGGAUAUUCUGAAAGGUUCCCUGCGUUUCAACCAGAGCCAACUGGAAGCUGAAGAAAAUGAGCAAAUCACGAUAGCAGAUGACCACUACUGCUCCAACAACCAGGACAAGGGGACAAGUGAAGUCCAGAAGGAAUCUGCUAUGACAAAGCAACAGUGCAUCCCGAGACCUCAGGCUACAACUGACUCRAGCACCGGUGAAAGUAAGAGUGCUGAUGACUAUAUUUUGGUUUCCAAAGAAGAGGAAGGAUCUAAAAGCAGUGCCCGGCAGCCAGCGCAGACCCUUCCGCCACACAAGGAGGCACCAGCGAAGCAGGAAGCUCCAUCUCGUUGUUCUUUGAUAUUCUCUGAUCCGUUGAUGGGCUCCAUGUCAGCCUCCUCCAGUAACCUGAGCUCCAGCCCUGAUGAUGACAGUAGUAACAACAGCAAAGAUUCUGAUUUUACUAUUGUCAGCCCCCUGGACCUCUAAAGAAGCAGGCUAGGACAGAUGGAGAGAUUCUGCUUACAAAUAUGCCUAUAUGAUGUCUACAUUUCUAGUUAAAGAAAAUGGAGCAGCAACAUUAACCAACAAUUUUUCUGAUGAACUCUAUGACUUGUGCUCCUGUGGAAAAGAUUCCUUCACAUCAAAUACACAGUACAUCUAAUCAUCUUAUUUCAAGUAGAUAAAUUUUCUGGUUUUUUAGUUUUACUUGCUGAUCCCUUUAAACUCUUUUGGAAUUUGCAAAAAUAAACUGAUGAACUGUUCUUUCUGGACUUAUAUAUAACUAUCCCUAUGAAAGAAUGCUAUAAAGUWACUCUGUAAACAACAGCAAAAAAAAAAAGUAUUAUUUAAUUUUAUGGUACAUAUACAGAAUACCAUGCAAUAACUUUGUCAUUGCAUGGCAAAGCUUAUGUUAAUAGGCAAUUAAUAAGUGGUAGUUGCUGAUUAGUCUGUAAUUGUAAAUGGAGUUAAGUAGAGUAUUCCAAGAUAAGGUGACAUGUAGUUUGCUGGUCCUAAAUUUUACAAGGUCUGAGUGUCUGUGACUGAAAUGAAGAGAUAAUUGUGCUGUAAUUGCAUAGUAGCUGCCAUCCCCUUGCACACUGMCAAGCCACCAUGUAAUUCUUCUGAGAUUGUAUGUGCCUUGUAAAAUGAAAAAACUAUUUGAAUGUUAUGAGCAGGCAGAGCACGGCGCCUGUGCGGCAGGCUGAUAGGAACAGUCAGACGACUGAUUAUUUGGAUGAAAGACUGAAAUGCAUAACACUUUGGAGAGGUGUUUAUUUUGCUUUAGCUUUAAGCUUGAUAGCAAACCGGUUCAGAAUUCAACAUGCAUGCCUGUCUUCAGGUUUAUUUUAUUUCCUUGAGCUUGCAUGAACGCCAGGGGAUUAAAUCAGUGACUGUUGAUUUAUUUAGAUCCGCCACGCUUUUCUAGCCUUAACCCAUUCAGCAAGGCUUGCGCCUCAUCAGCAACAACCUGCUCAAGAGCUACCUGUGGAAAGAGGGAAGAAAUAUUAUGGAGACAGGGAAAAGAGAAGUUUUAUGUCCUGUGAUACAUAAGCCUUCAAAGACUCCAGUACUUUGGCAGGGGGAAAUGUUUUUACUUUUUUAUUUUUUUAAGAAUCAUUCUUUCAAUAUCUGUUCUGGUGUUUUGUUUCAGGGAUCAUGUUGCAGUUUGCUUGAGCAGUCUCAUUGCCAAUGAACGUGUGAUUUGUACAGUUCUUUUAUUUUUGUAAGUCAGUUGUAUCUUUAAUAUUGCAUAUUUUAAAGCAGUGCUUAAAGUAUAAAAAAACUCUGGAGUUUCUAACAAGUUUUCACUGUUCAGUGAGUACCAAUGAGCUGAAUGCUUAUMAUGCCAUGGGAUAUGAUAAAAUUCUAACGAAAAGGGAUAUGAUUAUAUGAAUGAGGUAAGAGUGAACUACAAUGGAGUAAACCACUUUGGUUUUACCAUGUUCUUCCACAUCUCAAAUAUGUAGUCUCUGUUACUUGGUCAUACUGGGAAGAUAGUUUAAGUUUUAUAUCGUCAUUAAGCCAGGAACCUGUAAGUUAUACAAAAUGUCAGAUCAUCAUCCUGUCUUGCCUUAUGAUAGGGAUACACCGAGAAAGAAAUUCUCAGUUCAAUACAAAAUUAUUCUUUUUCUUCSAAUACGGCCUGCUCAUAAUGUUUAUAGAUAAAAAUAACUGGAUAGAAAAUAAUACACUUUGGAAAUUACUGAUGAAAACUAAAAUGGGAUAAAAGAUAUGUAUCUGAGACGGUUGGACUGGAUCUCACAUCUGUGAUUUAUGACUGUUUCAGAUCUCUUGCAUGUCAUGUCAGUUGUAUGUACUGCAGAAAGGCAGUGUCAUAUUUUGACUGGGUAUUCAUGUAGUUGUGGAACUUUGUAUC